UAGUGCAGUUUCCUCUUUCGCGCGAAACGAAUUGAAUCUGAGCACACAAUUUAUAUCUUAUAUAAAUAACAAAUAAUUGUUCUAAAUCUACAGAGAGGUUUACUUCAGUCGAACACUACAGCCAGUAUUCAUCUCAUCGGAAGUUCAAAAUGCCGACAAUCGUCGACCGUCGUUCAACACGUGUCUCCGGUGGGAGUAAAGUCGCCGAUCCAAUCGCCAGUGAGAUUGAAUCCACUCCUCAAAAACGCAAACUCAGAUCCAGUUCCAGUUCCACUACUGAAGACAGUAGAAUAACUUCAGAUUUAACUCCAUCGCCCUUGAAAAGCUCUCCGAGCAAAUGGAAGUCGCCCCGCCGAUGUGUCAAUGACAGCCCUAAGAGUACUCUAAAUGCAAAUCGCGGAGCUAAAGCAGUAAAUCUGAGCAAAUCACCUGUGAAAAGGAGAUUAUCGGAAAGUUUUCUAGAGAAGCCUAUGUGGAAUCCAAGAGAUAUGGAGCAGUUAAAUGGAGUGAAAGAGGCAUUGCAUGUGUCUAGGGCUCCAUCAAAUCUGGUGUGUCGAGAAGUUGAGAACAAUAGAAUUCUGGAGUUCUGUAAGCAAGCAGUGGAACAAGAGAAGGCUGGAAGUUUGUAUAUCUGCGGCUGCCCAGGGACUGGAAAGUCUCUAUCAAUGGAGAAGGUUAACAAGGUCCUGGUUAAUUGGGCAGAAGAGUCUGGUUUUCAGGCUCCAGACACAUUAUCACUCAACUGCAGUUCUCUGUCAAACACAUCUGAUGUUUUUGGCAAGAUACUUGACAAAAUUACACUACGGAGAAAGAUAAAUACUUGCACAUCACCAUUACAGUAUCUUCAGAAAAUGUUUUCUGAGAAGCAGCAGUCAGCAGUCACAAAGAUGUUGUUAAUAGUUGCUGAUGAGUUGGAUUACUUGAUCACAAAAGACAGAGCUGUGCUUCAUGAGCUGUUCAUGCUAACAACACUCCCGUUCUCCAGAUUUAUUCUGAUAGGAAUUGCUAAUGCAAUAGACCUAGCAGAUAAAUUUCUUCCAAAACUACAAUCCUUGAAUUGCAAGCCUGCAGUUGUAACAUUUCGUGCUUAUUCUAAGGACCAGAUCAUCUCCAUUCUUCAGCAAAGAUUAAAGGCUUUUCCUUACACAAUCUUCCAGCCUCAAGCAUUGGAACUAUGUGCACGGAAAGUUGCUUCUGCAUCUGGAGAUAUGAGGAAGGCUCUAUGGAUAUGCAGGAGUGCAAUUGAGAUGUUAGAAUCUGACAUAAGAGAUUCUAUCAAUAGCCUAGAUUUACCAUCAUUACAUGGAGGAGUUUCUGAUCAACAGAGGGAUUGUGCUUGUGAUAAAUCACUUAUACACGAGAGCAACGUUGUUAGGGUUGAUCAUGUGGCUAUUGCUUUAUCAAAGGCAUAUAGAUCGCCAGUGGUGGAUACUAUACAAUCACUUCCACAACAUCAACAGAUUAUUCUUUGCUCUGCUGUCAAGCUAUUCAGGGGGAAGAAGAAGGAUGCCACUAUAGGCGAGCUGAACAUCUCUUACCUUGAUAUCUGUAAAUCAACUUCAAUACCACCAGCAGGAAUCAUGGAGCUAUCAAACAUGUGUAGAGUGCUAGGAGACCAGGGUAUCCUAAAACUGGGGAAGGCUAGGGAAGAAAAAUUAAGUAGAGUAACUUUAAAGGUAGAUGAAGCAGACAUCACCUUUGCAUUGCAGGGAAUACGCUUCUUUCGAAAUUGCCUUCAACAAUCUUGAUGAUUGACUUAAACAAGAUUGUGAUUCUCUAUUAUUUAUUAAGUGGCUCAAAUAAAUUGCCAGUUUUUGGUCCAAACAUGGAGAAAUCAAACUUGGUCAUAUAUGACUUACGGAUGAAUGGAACAGAAACAUAUGGGUUCUCCACUAAAUGUUGGAAUUUCCAUGUGGCUCCCUUAUCAUACUUUUAGUUCUCAAAGAGAAAAAUACAGUAUAUUAUAGGAAGAGACUAUCAACUAAGAGAGUUGUGACGAUAUAUAGUAAUACAACGUUGAAUGUCUUUCAAUUUCAAGAAUUUCUGGAAACAAAUUUUGACAUGUUAACUUUGUUGUAUUAUUACCGAUGCUGAUUCUCAUCUUCAAGAAUCAACGGGGAAAAAAAACUUCAACAUAUUAUAUUAUUUUGCUGUUAAUGAAAGAAAUCAAAUAAGGUGAAAAGUGAAUAACUUUUA